AUGUCUCUAGUUACUCCUUUGCAGUUUAGUUGCGUCCAGCCGAAAUUUUACAGAGGAGCAUAUCCGAAAGAAAUCAACCUUCCGUUCCUCAAGACUCUACGACUUAAAUACAUAAUCUCACUACUAGCUGAACCGAUCACUAAUGAUCCUGUGAUAGCUGAAUUUUGUGAGAAGGAGAAGAUAGAACCUGUUUUGAUGCAGUGUUUAGAUGACAAGUCGAAGAGCAAAGACAAAGACAAAAGUAAGGAUAAAGAUAAAUCAAAAGUCAAGAGAAAGAAGAAGCCUGUGCCUAUAGAGUACGACGUUGUGGUAGAAUGCAUCAAAUUCUUAAUUGAUAAAAAUCACUAUCCUUGUUACAUUCAUUGUUCUACCUCCAACACUGAGGUUACAUCGUUGGUAGUUGCUUGUCUACGAAAACUCUCAUAUUGGAGCACAGUGUCCAUUUUCAAUGAAUACAUGACCUACACAUCCAGCAUUAACAUUCAUGAGCGAAACUUUAUUGAAAACUUUAAUCUUGACAUAAAUAUAGAAGGCAUUAAGCCGUCUGAUAAAGUCUCAUGGAUAAUUGUGAGAUCUAAACAACACAGUGAGAAACGAGCACAAAGUAAGCAAUCAUCCACGAAUUCUGAAGGGCCUCCACAACUAAAUCCACCCAAAAUGCCUCUGCCAACAUUAACCUUUCACAAUGAUUAA